AUGGCCACCUCGUCGACAUUGUCAGUGUACGACUAUAUCGUAAUUGCCUCAACGCUGGCUGUGCCGUUGGCUAUAGGUGUCUAUGUGGCAGUACGAGGAAGGCAGAAUAAUACCAAAGAGGAAUAUCUUCUUGGAGGGAGGCGUCUUCAUGUGUUUCCUGUCACGUUGUCGCUGUUCGUGACGUUCAUGUCAUCGACGUCGCUCAUUGGAAUGCCGGCAGAGACGUUCACGACGGGGUCGGAUUUCACUUUCCUUGCUGCAGGAAUGAUGUUGUGUUACCUUGUCACCAUUUUCACAGUUGUUCCCGUCAUGCACACUCUCCAGGUCACCAGCAUGUAUGAGUACUUCCAGCUUCGUUUUGGGUCCCCCACCCUGCGCCUCUUGGUUACUCUGGUCGGUAUGGUUCAGAAGAUCAUGUUAGCCGCCAUCGUGCUACUCUCACCGGCACUGUCGAUACAGACAGCUACUGGUCUCCCGUUCUGGGUGUCAGUUGUUAUAGUUGGACUGGUGGGGAUAAUAUACACCUCCAUUACAGUUGAUGGUGCAGGUGGUUUGGAAGCAACUUGGGAGUUGGCGAAUGAAGGUGGAAGGAUAGCUCCAUUGAAUGUGUACGCAUGGAACAUACCUAUACUGGGAGUCUACAUGGUCUGCGUGUGCUCCAUGGGCGUCGUCGCCUACAGCUACCUCGCAGCAAAGGGAUGUGAUCCCUUCCAGACUGGCAUCCUCACAGACAGAAACCAGCUGAUGCCCUUUGUUGUGUUGGAAGUAUUUAAAGGUGUACCUGGCAUGGCUGGUUUGUACCUGGCCACCAUAUUCAGCUCGGCGUUAAGGAAUGAAGUAAACGCCCAGUAUCGCGGAGCGCACCAGUCUCGCACACAUGAUUCGGCAGGCCGUCUCGCCUUUUAUCAGUACCAAGUGGAAGAAGACAUGAAAAACCACGUUACCUAUGUACGAGACUGA